AUGCUAUCACAAGAUGAAUAUCAAAAAAUAAAAUGGCAACUAAAAAACAUUCCAACUAAAUUAACAACCCAACAACAAAACAAUCUUCGUAAACGUCUUCUGAAAAAAUUACACGAACAUGAACUAGUUGCCGAAUAUCCACCAUUCCAACCCUUACCUUACAUACAAUUCUUCAUUAAUUAUGCGACACAUGAAUUAACAUUACUUCAUUUAAUUGAAUCUACACAAUGUUCGAAAAAAGUUAUUUUAGAUACAGAAUCUAUCAUUAUUCCCCACCAACCUAAUAAACCAGCCCUUAUUCAACUUCAAUUGAUAUUACCAACAUCAUAUUCGUAUAUGAUAUUUGUAGAAGUUUGGCAUUUACCACCUGAACAUGAUACAACAUUUGAUUUAAUUAAAUUAUUUUUUACUACGUUAUUUAAUCAUGAAAAAACAAUUUACAUCUGGGGAACAGUUAAAGAAUUAAUACCCUUCGUUAAAUUUAAAUUAUUUUCAACUGAAAAAAUCUAUUUUCCGAAGAAUGUAAAUUGUCAAGAUGAAUUUAAAAAAUAUUGGCAAAAAAAUUAUCCACAUAAAUCUACUUCGAAUACAUCAAAUGAAGAUUCACAAUGUAAAUGUGAAUCGUGUCUGGGUAUAAACCCAAACGAUGUAUGGUCCUUACAGAACGCUACGGCUUACAAAUUACAUGUGUAUUUAAAUAAAAGUCUUACUAUAUCGCAAUUUAAUAUUGGACUUGAUUCACAAUUAAAACACUUAAAUGAUAAAGAAAUUAAACAUCGACAACAAAUAAUCAAUUAUGCAGCUAAUGACUGUCUUUCAUUAUAUCAACUUCUUUUAGAAUUAGAUUAUUUUCAUCAGGAACAAUCUGAUGAUGAUAUGAUUAUACCUAUAGAAUGUGAUACAUCAUCAACAAAUCGAAAUGUUUAUUUUAUUGAAGCAUGUCCAACAAUAGUAAAUGGUCCAACUCAACCACCACUGUCAAUUACGUCAAACACAUCAAACAAAUCAAAACAUGAAAAAGAAUUAUCAAUUGAAGAACGUAAAAAAAUUCAUAAUAGGAGGUGCACGUUAAAACAAAGAAAAAGAUAUUACCAUCACAAAAUUACAAGAAAAAAUAUCGAUAAACGUUUUACUAUUAAACAAAUAAAAAACGUCUUAAAACAACAUGAUAUACCAAUUACAGCUGUAAAUGUUUUACGUUUACCAUUUACAAAUGAAAAAAACAUUAGUUAUCGGAUUAAAAGACAUCGUCAAAUGUUCAACAUAUGA